AUGUGCACGUCGGCUGCACCCUUCCACACGCGUGACGAUCUGACCAACUGUCCUUUCAGCCCUCCCUUGCGACACGAUGUCUGGUAUAAGAACGAGAGAUCUCUAUCCAUCACCAUGAUUAAGACGCCGACUACAUCGACUCAACAGAUAGGCUUUUCCGUCGACGAGUAUCGGCCUAUCAAGGUUGUCUGCAUUGGUGCUGGAUUCUCUGGUAUCGUCGCUGGCAUACGGUUCCGGCAGCGUAUCCCCAACGUUGAUCUCACCAUAUAUGAGAAAGAGAACGGCGUCGGCGGGACUUGGCAUGUUAAUAAGUACCCAGGAUUGGCCUGCGACAUUCCUUCGCAUGCCUAUCAACUUUCCUUUGAGUCCAAUACGCAAUGGUCUUCCUUCUACGCUCCGGGCUCUGAGAUCAAGGCGUAUCUUGAAGGUGUCGUUGACAAGUACAAGCUCAUGCCCUACAUGCGUCUCCAACACGAGAUGACCGCUGCUCGCUGGGAUGAAGUGGACGCCAAGUGGAUAGUGAGCUUGCGUCGCGAGGCAGACGGCCAUGAGAUCACGGACACCGCAGACGUUCUCUUCCUCGGUGUCGGAUCACUCAACCGCUGGCGUUGGCCGGCCAUUGACGGACUCAAGACUUUCGGUGGCACCCUCGUUCAUAGUGCUGAUUGGAAUGUCCCCGAAGAUCGUCUCGAGGGCUGGAAGGACAAGCACGUUGCGGUCAUCGGAAACGGUUCCACAGGCAUACAGCUUGUGACAGCACUCCAGCCGCGCGUCAAGUCACUGACAAACUUCAUUCGUGGAAAGACAUGGCUCUCGACGUCGUUUUCGGUUGACAAGCUACAGGAGCUGGCUGGACGUGAGCCUGGGAGCACUGACUACACCUUCACCCCGGCGCUCAAGGAGAAGCUCAAGGAUCCAGUCUUCUACCACUUCUUCAGGCGCGAGAUUGAGGCUGCCACUCAUGUGUUCACCGCGAUCUCUUUCAAGGACUCGCCUAUCCAAGCUGCCUCGAAAGUCCUAUUGGAGGAAGAAAUGAAGCGAAAGCUUGCACGAAAGCCGGAGCUGGUAUCAAGGCUUCUCCCGGAGUUUGCCGUGGGUUGCAGGCGUCUAACUCCAGGCCCGGGCUAUCUCGAGGCCCUAUGCGAAGACAAUGCUACUCUUGAGACCACCCACAUCUCGCGAGUCACUGAAACUGGUGCCGACCUUGUAGACGGGCGGCAGAUCCCGCUCGACGUGUUGAUCUGUGCCACAGGCUUUGACACGAGCUUUCUCUACCCGUUUCCUAUCACCGGAAGAGAUGGCUUGAAGCUCUCCGAUCGUUGGGCGUCGCAUGCCGAGGCGUACCUCUCCCUUGCAGUUGACGGCUUCCCCAAUUUAUGGUUCGGCUUCGGCCCGAACUCCGCGCUUAACUCCGGCAGCAACGUGUUGUCCAUUGAGAAACAAGUCGACUAUGUUGUAGCUGCCACUGCGAAGAUGCAACGCGAGCGCUUGCGUACCAUAGAGGUCAAACCUGAGGCUUUACGGGACUUCAACGAGUACGCCCAGCAAUACUUCAAGAAGACUGUAUACCUCGACAACUGUAGCAACUGGUAUCGCAGUCCUGUAGAUGGGACCAUCACUGGUAUCUGGCCAGGGAGCUGCUUGCAUCUAGCUCGCGCGCUGUCUCAUCCCCGGUGGGAAGACUACGACUACGAGGGCCUCGCCGAGGAUCAUACAGAGAACAGGUUUUACUGGCUCGGAGACGGGCUCACUCUCGCUGAGAAGACGUUGACUGGCGAUCGUGCUUGGUACCUCGCUGAUGUCGACAUCCCACCUGUACCAGAGUAA